CUGAGCGGUUGGACCAGCAGCAGCAGCUAUGGACUCGAGAUAUUACCUCACGUUUCUCGCGUUCGUUUCGACUUUGAUACUGACUAUUGUAUCGGCCCAUGGCUGGCAUUCCGGUCAUGGAUACGGACAACAGGAUCGCACAGCCUGGAGCGGAGUAGCCGCCUCCUACGUUUCGUUGGACAUGUACGGCAACUGCUAUGGCCACGAUCGUCCCUUGGUGGGACGUUGUGUCAGACACAGAGACUGCAUCAGUGCGCUGCAGUCUGGCCAUCAAGUGACGCCGCUAUUCUGUCCAUUGUCCGGCCACGAACAGCUUGUGUGCUGUCCCCACGGCGGAUACGUGUUGGGGCAAACAGUUCAAUCCAAGAGUGAACAAGCUUGCUCGAAAGCUUAUCAAAGGGGAAGCCACAAGCGUAGACUCCGUCGCGACACUGCUGCUGAUCCCGAGCCACAUGAAAAGGUGCAGCUGGAGCUGGAGCCCACCAUUACGCGCCUCAAUCGGAGCGAAAAUCAAGUAGUGGGCGGCAGACUCACCCAGGAACACGAGCAUCCCUACAUGUGUGCCCUCGGCUGGCGUUCUGACCAUUCUCACACCUGGAGCCUGUCCCGAUAUGUGUACCACUGUGGCUGUGUACUAAUUUCGCCCAGAUUCGCCCUAACCGCAGGCCACUGUGCGAGCGUUGGCGGGGAAUCCCCGGCAGUGGCGUUGAUUGGUGGCGUUGACUUGAACGACACCCGCGGCCAACAAAUUGAUGUCAAGCAUAUCACACGGCAUCCCCACUACGAUGGGGAGACCCUCAGCCACGAUCUGGCCGUCAUUGAGCUGGCGAGAAGUGUUCGCCACCCGGUGGCCGCCUGUUUCUGGACCCACGAAUCUAUACCGGAAAGGCCCCUGACAGCCCUGGGCUAUGGACAGACAAAGUUCGCUGGACCCCACUCCAAUCAGCUGCUGCAGGUGCUGCUCUAUCCCCUGGAUAAUCCACGUUGCCAGCAGUACAUCCAACACUCUGACAGGCUGAGCAAUGGCCUCGGUCCUGGACAGCUCUGCGCUGGUGACUCCUCUGGCCGCAUGGACACCUGCCCGGGCGAUUCGGGCGGUCCUCUUCUGCUUCACCAGCACAUGGGACAGCGUCACCAGCGAGUUCCGUACGUGGUGGGUCUCACCUCUUUUGGCGGCGCCUGUGCCACCGGAGAGCCGGGCAUUUAUGUGCGCAUUGUGCACUAUCUCCGCUGGAUAGAGCAACUUGUUUGGCCUUGAGUGGUGAACCUACAUUAACAUAUGUAUUUGCAUUUGAUUUAUCGUUUAAUUGGCUCUCAACUAUUACUAAAUAUCAUUAAAUAUCUUAAGCUAUAUCGUUGGGAUCUCAGGUGGACUUAAGGUAAUUAAAUAAUCUAUAAAGGCGACAU